AUGGUUGCAAUGGUUCUUAGUUUUAAUGGUUAUGGUAUUCAUGGUAGUAAUGGUUAUGGCGCUGAUGGUAUUGAUGGUUAUGGUAUUCAUGGUAGUAAUGGUUAUGGCGCUGAUGGUAAUAAUAGUUAUGGUAUUGAUGGCAGUAAUGGUUGUAAUGGUUAUAAUGGUUAUUGUGGUUCUGACGAGGGCUGGAGAGUUACGGCGACGGCGGCCCAGACGGAGGCGCAGACGGAGGCGCAGACGGAGGCGCAGACGAAGGCGCAGACGAAGGCGCAGACGAAGGCGCAGACGAAGGCGCAGACGGAGGCGCAGACGAAGGCGCAGACGAAGGAAAGGCGAAGGCGCAGACGAAGGCGCAGAAGCCACUACGAAGGGGGGGGGGGCGAGGGAAAGGAGGAAAGUACUUGGGGUAAUCUGGAAGGCCUUCCCCGAGGGCCUCCCCCGAGGGCCUCCCCCGAGGGCCUCCCCCGAGGGCCUCCCCCAGGGCCUCCCCCGAGGGCCUCCCCACCCCAGGGCCUCCCCCAGAGCGGGCCUCCCCCAAGCAGGGGGCCUCCCCCGGGAGGGCCUCCCACUUCCCAGGGCCUCCCCCGGAGGAGGCUCGAGGACAUAGAUAAGGAGCCGAAGCCAGUGGGAAGAGUGCCAGUCGCCGCCUUAUUGAAACCAGAGUCUAGAAGUCUGGCACUGACAGCCCCGACUGCCAGGGGGGACUGA